ACUCGAGGUUGUUCCUCGCCAUUCCCGUCACUUAUCUCUCUGCGCAGCUGCCGUCUUCGGAAGGGAGGACUAGCGGCAGCUCGAAACCCUAGCUGGUGCGGCCGCCGGCGGCGGCGAUGGCGGCGGUACGGUCGUCGACGCGGAGGGAUCCCUUCGCCGCCGCGGGGGAGGGCGGCGGCGGCGGUGGCUCCGCCACGCGCGGACGGGCGUCAGAUGGCUCGGGCGGUGGAAGCAGCCUCCGCCGGUCAAGGAGCCUGAGCAGGUUCCCGCCGCCGUCUCCGUCUCCGGAUGACGCGCCUACGCCCUCAUCGAGAUUCGUGAACAAGGUGCGGGGCGGAGGUCUGGCAGGGGGCUUCCCGGAGAUCAGCCUCGACGACCUCGCGGACGAGUUCUUCAGGGCUAGGGUGGAGUCUGAGGAUGAUGACGAGGAGGUGCGGUCGCGCGGGGAGGAAUCGCGUGGCCGUCUCAGGUUCCCGGCGACCGCAGAGAGGGGCUGCGGCGGCCGGCGGAGCUCCACCGCGCGGUACGCUAGGGAAACUGAAUCGUCGAGGCAGCGCGAGCGCUCGGUGUCGCGGCCGCCGGCCGAGCGGCGUGGCGGAGCUGCCGCAGCUGAAAAGGGUGGCGCUGACGUGAGGAGGCAGAGGUAUGCUUCGGUGGACCGGCGUGCUUCGAUUGGUCGGCAACGAUACACAUCAGUGGACCGCCGUGGCUCCAUCGACCGGCAGCGUUGGUGUGAUUCAGAUAAUGAUAUGGACUUCCCUCACCGGUCUGGUUCUAGGGGAAUAAAUACCAAAUCCAGCAGUGGCAAUAGCCUGCAGCAUUCGUUCAAUAAGUCAACUAAAAUAAAUCAAGCUCUGAAGAGGUCUACAAGUCAAAAGGAUUUCGUACAUAUACGAGAUAGCGGCUCAAGCCAUUCUUCACUUACUGACGAUGAAUCUAGGGACACUCACUCUUUUCAUAGCAGAAAUCACAAUGGAACUCGGGCAGUUUACACCCAGGAGAAGCCAAUUGAUGAUGAAGAUUCAAAUGUGCUGUAUGAUGUGAUGCGUAAAGAAGUCAGGCAAGCUGUUGAAGAAAUCAGAACUCAGCUUGAAAAGGCUGUGACAAAAUCUGAACCUUCAGAAAAGGCAAACAGUGAUGAUGCACAACCAGCCGAGGUUAUUGGUGAGCUGCGUAGGAGCUACACUAGCAAAUUGGAAGAGUCGGAGAAGAGGAAGCAGGAAUUACUUGCUCAAUUGGCAGCUGAAGAACAACGUGGUCAUCAACUCACAAAAAUAGUUAAGGAAUUACUGCCUACUACUAAGAAGAUCGUGAAAUCGGAAAGGCAGCCACAACGAAGAAGAAGAAGCAAUGAUAGAGCGAGGAUGUCAAAAUGCCUUACUGAAGAGGCUGAGCUCUACUUUGAAGAUUUCUUGUCAAAUGUUGAAGAUACUGAUUUCUCAUCGUUUGAUGGUGAAAGAAGUGACACAAGUUCAACUAGACGAGAUGUUGUACUUCAUGCUAUGGUGGAAGCUCCUGUAGCCCUUCCAAAAGUUGUGCCACCUCCCUUGUCAGAUGGUGUUGUUCUUCCCUGGCUGCAAUGGGAAACUAGCAACGAUCUACAUGCCUCCCCAUGCACAGUCAAGACACAGGACGCAAGCACAGCAUGCAGCACCAGCAAUCCCACCAUGAGUAGCCGUGGGAGCUGGAGCCCUGGAGACCAUGAUAGUUCAGCUGGCUCCAAGGAUGGACUACUCCCCAGGUUCGACGAGGCGGCGACUCACCGAAGCAGCUGCCUUGAUAAUAAUCGAAGCAAGUCGUUCCAUAUGGAUGACUAUCUGCAUCUUCAGAGGAGCGAGGAUCUCCUCUUCGAGCGAUUGAAGCAGAAGCAAAGAAUUGACUAUGGGGGCCUAACCUUAUGCGGUAGACCAACAAUAAUGUAGAUUAUUAUGGCUUAGGAUUCCUCUGCUCUGUAGUCUGUAUCGGUGGAACAUAUGUAGCGUGUGCCCAAUUGGUUAGUUGAUUGGGUUGAGUUAGGCCAAUAAGCAUGCAGAUUUAGUCAUUUAGAAUGUCUUGCCAUGAUUUGGUGCUUGGCCCUGUAUAGAUCAUCUAAUUUUGGCCUCAAUUGUUGAGUCGACUAUGUCUUAACCAAACUGGACGCCCAAAGUCCUGGAACCAAUAUACGAUUUAUUCAAGCAGUGUACGAAUAACAGUAACUGGUAAAAAUA